CGAGAGAUACAUUUACCCAAGAUUAGGCUUGCACAAAAAAACCGGUUCAAGAUCCGAACCAGUCACUGAACCAGUAAACCGGUUCACUAUGAACCGGUCCACUAUAAACCGAACCGCCAGUUUGCAUCCAUUCGGGAUUUUAGAUUUUGAAACCGGUUUAAAACCUGUUUAAUAACUGUGAGCCGGUUUAGAACCGGUAGUCAAACCGAUCAAACCGGUUUAGAACCGAUUGAACCGGUGUAACCGGUUUAGAUGGGUUAGAGUUUUUCUAUGACGGAACCGGUUUGAACCAAACUGGUUUUACUAUUCACGAAUUGGAACCGAACCGGUUUUCUGAACCAGUUCGGGUUGAAAAAAAAAAACUGGUUUGCUCACCCCUAUCCCUACCCAAGAUAACUGGUUUGACCAUUACUAGUGACUAAUAGAACUGCACAAUGGAAGUGUUUUUUUGAUAGUCACAACUCUUUUUGGCCCAGAACAGGGCAAAGUUCGUACCCAUCGGACUACAUAUACACAAAUCGUUCAAAACAGUAUAUUUUAGAUGUUAUCGGGUUGAGCAUUGUUCGUGUAACAAAAAACAGUUUAAGGCUCGGUCCAACAGACUAGCAUUAUUCCAAAAAGUUAAAAGAAAUUGCGGUAGAAACCAGUUUUUUUAGCCAUUUUAACCAUUUUGCCGUUCCUAGUUUUCUGUCUAAAGUUGUCAUCUAUAAUUUGUGUUUCAUUUUUCAUACUCUCAUUUUUUGGUAGAAAAUAAAAUCUAUUUCGUAGACUUUUUCAAUCUCACAAACAGGCCACAUUCUUCAAGUAUUGCCACGCAUUCGAAAAGGCCAUGAUGAAAAACCAAACAAAGACAAUGAAAAAAAAAGCAACACGACUUUAUUGUACUACAUUUCUUCUUCCUGUACUUUAUAAUCGAAUAGAAUAAAUAUCUUUUUAAUUGGUUAAAAAGGUGUCGCAAAAUUCAGUUUUAUGCAUGAUACGUAUCAUUGGGUAAAGCAAAGAUAUAACGCAUUAGGAUUCAGGACCAUGCCACUUGUCUCGGUUGUUUGAGUGUGUUGGGUUCAUGAGUAUUGAGUGUUAUUAAUGAAAUUAAACAAAGGAAAAGGAAAAAAGAAUAAGACAAAAAUUAAUAUGGGCCAGCUACCAUGCAUUAUAUCGUUUUAUUGUACUUGAUUCAUUUUCAUAAUUUUGUUACACGUCCACGUCCUUUAUAAAAUGUGCAGAAUUAAGUCUACAAGCUCUCCACCUGUCUCUAAAGGAAUCUCAUUGAAAGUCAUAUAUUCAAAUAAGACAAAGCUUCCCCCCUUUCCACCUCAAUCUUUUUAUCAAUUUCUGUUAAACUUAUAUUCCUUCAUACCAUUCCCAUCUUAAUCUUAUCCAUCCAUAUGAUUCAUCUAUACUCUAUAUACAAACAAACAAACAAAAACAUAAUCAUCUUUACCCGAAACAAAACAAGAAAAAAAACUAGAAAGAUGAAAAACAAUAACAGAUGAAUUCUGUCAUGUGACAUGUGUUUAGUUGGGAGGAAAUGAAUGGAACCGAAGAGAGAAAUUAAAGGGUGUUUGGGUUGGAAUUUGGAAAAGGGUAUUUGAGUAAUUUUUUUCAACUUGCAAAUUCCAAGAAUAUUCAAUUUUGUAUUCACUUCCAACCAAAUACAUGAUAGGAAUAGGAAUAGAAUUGAAUUCCAAGUCCGACCAAAUUGCAUUGCAUUGCAUGGUAUCCAACGAACGAAAUGCACCCUGAGAGAACAUAGAAAGCAAGUAUAAAGGAAUGGGGAAAUAUAAAGCAAAGAAGCUUUAUUCUUGAUUUGCUAUUUAUUCUUUUUCAACCACUAGGCACUCGACAUGAUUACUUCCUGAUUUGGAAUGAAAAGGUUUGAUUAAAACAAGUUUGAAUAUGAAAGUGAAUCUCUUUUAGCUCUUAAACGAGAUUAUUUUUAUGCAUCUGUCCCUCGGCCUCCCACAGUUUUUUUGUGUCUAUAAAAAGGCACUCUCUCUCACUCUUUAUUUUAUAUAUUUACGAAAUAAACAACAUCUAAUUUCCCUCAUUUUGUGUGUGUGUGUGUCAGCAAUAUUCAAUAGCAUGUCACUUGUACUAGGGAGGAUUAUAGGAGAUGUGGUCGACCAAUUCACACCAAGUGUGACAAUGAGUGUAACCUACAAUUCCCAUAACACUGUCUUUAGUGGCCACGAGCUAAAGCCGAACCUCAUUACUUCCAAACCUCAUGUUGAAAUCGGUGGUUUAGACAUGAGAUCUUCUUACACUAUUAUCUUGACGGAUCCGGAUGCUCCAAGCCCGAGUGAUCCUUACUUAAGAGAACAUCUCCAUUGGAUGGUGACAGAUAUUCCUGGUACAACUGAUGCUACCUUUGGGAGGGAGAUUGUGAGCUAUGAAAUUCCAAAGCCUGUGAUAGGAAUCCACAGGUAUGUGUUCUUAUUGUUCAAGCAAAAAGCAAGGCAAUCAGUGAGGACACCUGUUUCCAGAGAUCAAUUUAACACUCGGGUAUUCUCUCAAGAAAAUGAGCUAGGGUUACCAGUUGCUGCUGUCUACUUCAAUGCUCAAAGAGAAAAUGCUGCACGUAGAAGAUAA